GGCGUGCAAGUCUUGGAUAUACUUUACCUGCUAUUAAAACUUCAAACUCCAUAACAAAGUAGAAACAAAUAUCUUUUCUGUCAAGUUGACCUAUAGCUAGCAAUGGAAAGUUCAGUAAGAGAUGUUGAUGAAGAAGAUAUGCAGUCCUCCUCUGGUCGAAAAAAAGGUGGCUGGAUAACCUUCCCCUUCAUUAUAGCAACCAUGGCGGGCUUGUCACUUGCGUCUGGAGGGUGGAUGAGCAACCUGAUUGUUUAUUUGAUAGAUGAAUUCAACAUGAAGAGCAUCAAAGCGGCUAAAGUUUACAAUGUGGUCAAUGGCUUGACCACCCUUUUCCCAAUUGUUGGUGGAAUCAUAGCUGACUCUUUUCUUGGCUGUUUUUCUGUCAUUUGGAUUUCUUCUCUUAUCUCUGCUCUGGGUAUUUUGCUUCUACUAUUAACAGCAACAAUUGAUGUGUUAAGACCUCCAGCAUGCAAUGAUGGAUCCAGUCUCUGCGCAAGCCCAUCAAAACACCAGUACACGGUACUAUACGUGGCUAUGGUGUUAGCAUCUCUAGGCGUUGCGGGUACACGUUAUACAAUUGCACCAAUGGGAGCUAAUCAGUUUGAUAAGCCAAAACACCAAGCGAUUUUCUUCAAUUGGUACAUAUUCGCCUUUUACACGUCCUUUGCUGUAAGCACCACAGCCAUCGUUUACGUGGAGGACAAUGUCAGUUGGGCAUGGGGUUUCGGUAUCUCUAUGGCUUGUAACAUACUUGGCUUGGUAAUGUUUCUCGCUGGGAAACGUUUCUAUCGCCGUGUUAAGGAACAAGGAGGCAGCCCUUUUGUCAACUUAGCACGUGUCAUAGUCGCCACCAUUCAGAAAUGGAGAGUCCCUCUUUCGGAACAAACUCAACACUACUACCAUGAUCCAAGUGACAAAACCACACUAACAACUUCUCCAAUUCCUACCAAAUUCUUAAAGUUCUUGAAUUGUGCAGCUUUUAUUACUGAGGGAGACACCAGAUCAGACGGAUCGAAUAGUAACCCUUGGAGGCUAUGCACAGUGCAGCAAGUAGAAGAUUUGAAAAGCUUGAUCAAGCUUUUCCCUCUAUGGGCUAGUGGUUUUCUUAUAUCUACCCAACUAGUCAUACAAACAAGCCUGCUAAUUCUUCAAGCUCUAAAAAUGGAUCGCCAUAUGGGACCUCAUUUCGAGAUCCCAGCAAGUACUAUGUUAGUCUUCAUAUUGCUAUUUACUUGUAUAGCCAUAUCCAUCAUUGACCGAUUACUCUACCCUUUUCUAGCUAAAUACACUAGCUUUUCUCUCACCCCUCUUCAGCGCAUUGGAAUAGGCCAUGUCAUAACUAUAGUUAGCAUGGCUGUUUUCGCCCUGGUUGAGUCCAGGCGACUGAGGCUCGCUAAAUCUCACAAACUCCAAGGCCAAAACAAUGCCAUUGUUCCAAUGUCGGUCUUUUGGCUAGUGCCACAGCUAGCUCUUAAUGGAAUCGGAGAAGGAUUCCAUUUUCCAGGACAUAUGGCGUUUUAUUACCAAGAAUUUCCAGCAUCCUUGAAGAGCACCUCGACUGCAAUGGUUGCCCUUUUUAUUGGUAUUGCAUACUAUUUGGGGAACGGGUUGAUUGAUCUGGUUCAACGACUAUCAGGAUGGUUGCCAGACAAUAUCAACGAUGGAAGAGUGGAUAACGUCUUCUGGCUCUGUUGUGUCCUGGGAUCAGCUAACUUCAUUUAUUACCUCGUGUUUGCAUCCUUGUACAAGUAUAAAGAUGUGGACGACAAACCAAAUGAUGUGCUUAGUAAAUGAUACUAAUUGUUAUAAUUCAAGAAACAUAUAUAUUCAUCAUGGUAUAAAUAUUGGACUGUCUUCAGUUACAGGUGUGAAUAAGCUCUUUGAAGAAAGAACACGAAUAAAUGAGUGAAUAGUUACUAACAGA